CCCGGCCCUGGCCCCGGCGAGGCGGCGCUGGAGGAGAACCCCUUCUACGGGAAGUACCGGCACAAGAUCCAGGAGCUGCGGAGAUCCAGUCCAGAUGUGUUUGAAUCCCGUAUGGAAAAGAGGAACGAAGUGAAGAAGCAGCCUGUGGGAUCUUCCAGCCAAGGAGAAUUCAUCAGAUGCAUGGAGCAAAAGGCCGAAGGCUUGGGCACAAAGACAUCAAAGGGAGGUUUCACAAAAGAUAAGACGCUUGAUUCAAUUCUUAAUGUUGAGAUGGUGAAAGAAAAAUCAGCAGACGAGAUAAAACAGAUUUGGAGUCAGUAUUUUUCUGGAAAAGAUACGGUUUAUGCUGUCAUUCCUGCAGAGAAGUUUGAUUUAGUAUGGAGGAGAGCCCAGAAAUGUCCAUCGUUUCUGUAUGCUUUGCCAAGAAAAGAAGGCUAUGAGUUCUUUGUGGGGCAGUGGUCAGGAACCGAAUUACACUUCACCUCGCUAAUAAACAUUCAGACCCAAGGUGAAAAUGCUCCUAGCCAGUUGGUCUUGUACCAUUAUCCUGAGCUGCAGAAGGAAAAAGGGAUAGUACUAAUGACAGCAGAAAUGGACUCCAAGUUCUUGGUGGUCCACGAAGCACAGUGCCUGGCCAACCAGGUGCAGCUUUUCUAUGCCACCGACCGUUCCAAAACCUACGAACUAGUGGAGACCUUCAACCACAGAUCUAGUGAAUUUAAAUACAUGUCAGUUAUCGCAGAGCUUGAGCAAAGUGGACUCGGAAGAGAACUGAGACCUGGGCAGGUUUCUGACAAGCCGUAGAGCCUGACCUGGGGCUGAAGCAGCAGGCAGUGGGCUUCCCAGCUGGGGUGGUCCUGGGUCUUUUGGUUGAUGCGUUUGGGCUGGCUACAGAAAGGAUCUGAAGACAUCCUGGGAAUGUGAUUGUCAAGGCUGCCUGGCACUGAUGCAAGAUGAGGACUUGGGCCGUUUGAAGGACAAUAACUAACAGCCAAAAUGGAGUCCUGUACUUCAGUGGGACUUCAUCAGAAGGAGCCCUUUUGCUGACCUGUAACUUGUCACUGGGUGCUGGAUUUUUGACAUCUGAAAUGAAGUGACA